UUUUGAUUUCUCUUUUGAUAUUUUUUUCUUUAUUAUAUAAUAGUUUUUAUAAUAUAUUUUGCGUUUUAUAACCUUGUUUAUAUUUUUUACGUGAUAAUUAUUUGUAAUAAUUUUCUUUCUAUAAAUUUGUGUAACAUUACUAUAUAUUAUAAUAUGGAAACUUACGAAAAUCAAAUCAAAUACAACGAUGAUGGCUCAGUAAAUGUACCAUUUGGUCGUGCUGCAGAAUGGUAUAUAUCAAAUGCAAAUCUUUUAAAAAAUUAUCGCUUAAAAAAUCAAAGUAGACAAGUUACUCCUAAACUUGUUAAAGCUGGAAUCUUAACUGUAGAACGUGUACAAGGGGCAAUAGAUUACUUAGCAUUGAAAACUAAAACUGGAACGGUAAAAUCAACAAAUCGUAUUGAUGAUUUUUUAGUUUUAACCAGUUUAGGAAGAGAUCUGGUUUCUCAAAUUGAAUUAGGAUUAGCCAAAAACCAACAAUGUUGGUAUUGGGUUAUGUAUUGUUCAGGUGAUGGAGGCAACUGUCAAAGAUUAUGUGGUAGUGUUGGAAAAUGUAAUGAAAAUUGCGAAAAUUAUAAUUUACGAAAUAAUUUGAAAAAUGGAAAUGAUAUGCACCAUUGUAGUGUCAGAGUUAUUUCUGAAUGUCGGUUAUCUUGGCUAUCAUUAGAAAAUCCAUUGCGAAUUACCAUUCAAGGAACUCAUCGUACAUUUUACAAUAAUAAUAUUCCUAAAAUUUCAAGAAUAAAUUUAACUUAUUCUGUUAGAGAUUCUAUAGUAUUAAGCAGAAGAGCAGAUUACAGGACAGCCAAAGGGAUAAAAGUGAAAUUAUUAACAUCACUUAAUGGUGCAUCAGAAGAAGUAAUUAACAAUGCAUUAGCAAGCCAACGUAUAAUAUGUAAUAAUGACAAACUCUGGCAAUUUGUUGCCAGAGAUGAUAAGAAAUUAAAGGAUGAUACUGGUCCUUGGACUCAGCUUGAUAGUUUAGUAAAUAAUAUAUUAAAAUCUCAAGGUUUUAUAUUAUAUUAUCAAAUAGCAGACAUUAAUCAACCAGCUGAUUCACCUGACCGAUAUUAUCAACUUACAAUUUCUGAUGAGUUUUGGUUAAAAAAUGCUCGUGAUUACGGUAAAAUCUGUAU